CGUGUACCGUGGCGUGUGCAUUAAUAUCUGAAAAUAUUGUCAAUAGUUACCGACUAACAAGUCACAACAAACAUCACGCGCAUAUGUAUAUACUAGAAACAAACAAACAAUCAUUCUCCCUAACUAUUUCUCUACCUUCAUUCAUAUCAUACAUAUAACAAUCAUUCUUCUUCUUCUGCAAAUACUUAUCCCUCAUUGAUUCAUCAUGGUUCGGUUCAGCAACAAUGUUAUCGGACUCCUUAACUUCCUCACCUUCCUCUUGUCCAUCCCGAUCCUGGUGGCCGGAGUGUGGCUGAGCAAGCAAGGCGCCACCGAGUGCGAGCGGUGGCUGGAGAAGCCCGUCAUCGCGCUCGGCGUCUUCCUCAUGCUCGUCUCACUCGCCGGCCUCGUCGGCGCGUGCUGCCGCGUGUCGUGGCUCCUCUGGCUCUACCUCCUCGUCAUGUUUGUCCUCAUCGUUCUUCUCUUCGCCUUCACCAUUUUCGCUUUCGUCGUUACCAACAAGGGCGCUGGUGAAGUUGUUUCUAAUAGAGGGUAUAAAGAGUAUAGGCUUGGGGAUUACUCGAAUUGGCUGCAGAAGAAGGUUAAUAACACUAAGACGUGGAACAGGAUCAGUAGUUGCUUGCAUUCUGGGAAAGUCUGCACUGAGUUUCAAUCCAAGUUUCUAAACGACACCGUUACUCAGUUUUACACCGAGCACCUGUCCGCGCUUCAGUCUGGAUGCUGUAAACCUGCAGAAGAAUGCCUAUUUACCUAUGAGAAUUCAACGAGCUGGACGAAGCCUGGAAAUGUGACCAGUUACAACAACCCUGACUGUGAUGCUUGGAAUAACAAUCAAACAGUUCUGUGCUUCAAUUGCCAAUCAUGCAAGGCUGGCUUUCUGCAAAACUUCAAGACUGAAUGGAAGAGGGUGGCUGUUGUUAACAUCGUAUUCCUUGUUCUUCUCAUUAUUGUAUACUCCAUAGGGUGCUGUGCAUUCAGGAACAAUAGGAGGGAAAAUUGGAAGGGAUAUUCUCGUUAGCUAGAUUACUCAGUAUUACUAGUGAGUAGAUCAGUUUGCUAGACAAUCUGGUUUAUAUGUUGGAUUUAUUUUUUUGGGCUUUAUGUGUAUGCUGGAUUAUACUGUUUUCAGUACAGUCUGUUAUGGAAAUUGCUCAAUUUUAUAUAGUAGUUUCCUAGUAUCAUCUAUACGUAGAUAUUACUUCUGGACACACUGCAUUUCCUUCUGUUUCAA